AUGGUUAUUUUUCAGGGCGUGAACCACCUCUUCAUAGUCAGCCUCCUCCCAACACAAACCUGCCCCCUUACAAAAACCCACCAGCACACAGCCAAUGCCCACACCCCUCCUCCUCUCACAGCUCACAAUCUCCCUUUUUCUCUCUGUCUGCUGUGGACCAGUCUUUCUCCUCAACCUCCUUCAAGUUCUACACUGCCUCCCUCAUAUCCUGACUUUAAGGGCUUCCAUCUGGACCUCGGCCCUUUACUUUUCAUUCUUUUGUCUGUGGGGAGUGGGGACCCUGUGAAAUACGACGUGUGCGGUUGGCGCUGCGAGGACAUCCGCUUGCCGUGCCAUCAUCAUUCAAGCAAGGGACCAGACUUGACCGCCAUGAAUGUUCAACUGCUGCUUCUUUUGGCCUUCUGUGCCUUCACACAUGCGAGCCCCACAAUCCUCCCUACAGGCCAUGACAUUCUAGCGACUGACUCCGUAGCUGAGGUCACCCUGGACACCACAGAAGCCAACAAAGAGCUUGACGUGGUCACUGGUCCUCUGACAACCCACCCAGUGACCAUUGAACAACAAGAUGUGAUGGAGGUCACGACCGAAGCGCCCUCUCCUCAGGUGACGCACAGCACUGAGGAGAAUGAAGUUGAAACCGAUAGCCCCGCUCCGGCUGCUCCGGAGGCCCCUGAACUCCUUAACACUGAGCCCCCUGUUGUGGAGAAUGUCCCCACGCAGGCUCCUGAAGAUGCUGAGGUCAUCCCUCAGUGGACGGAAGCUGUCAAGACUGACACGUUCAACGAGGUGGUUGUGGAAGAUGACACAGAUGAAGGUCUGAGCUCAGGCCAGGUUGUCGGCAUCGUGAUUGGCGCUCUUUUAGCAGUGGUCAUCGUCAUCUCUGUGGUGGUUGCUGUCGUUAAGAGGAUGGGAAAAUACACCCCUUGAAGAAUAAGACGAAGACGGCCAAGCAGCAGGAGCCGUCAAAGUUCUGGAAAAUCUGAACUACUGAACUGUGACGUUGUAUACAAUCAUUAAAACGAACCAACAAAAAAAUAAUUGUAACGCCAGAACCUAAUGAUUCUAAGCAGGACUCAGAACUGUUGCCCAAAGAAAAAGAUGUGAGGGUAGUCUGUGUGCACAGCAUGUAUGAUUUGUACUGUAUAUAAGACAGAGACAUCCCGCUGAUUUUACCUCCAUGACGCCAACGCCAAUGGAGGGAUUGAUAUUAACACAAUGAGCAAAGGAAUUUCACAAUAAGAUGUGAACUGGCAUCAGCGCUCUAGUGAUGUACUGUAGUGAUUAGAUUAGUUUACAUGGGUGUGUGUGUGUGUGUGUGUUUUCUUAAUUUUUAUUCUGGGAUGGGGAAACUUCCAUUGCCAGUUUGUGAGCUAGGCUAUGUCCUGGUCCAAGAAAACUGACAUUAAGAUUAUAGAAAUAAAUAAAAAGGAGCCUACCAAUUUGCAUUCCGGGGUAGUGUGAAUGCUUAAAUUGUAGUUUACAAUGCGGAAAGAUAAACACAUUUCUUUAACGACAGUGGAAAACAUUAUGGAGUGCCAUACUUGUGUUUGUAUGUUAGUUAGCAGGCUACUUCCUGGUUCAAGAAGAUUGACAAGAGUUGGGAUUAACCAAAGCAGACUCUAAAAAAAUACUAUGCAUUCAAGUGUGAGGAAAAUGCUUUCGUCAGGAUUCACACGGCAAAAAGAGACAGUAAUGUCUUUAACAAAAGCUAAAAACAAUAUAGUGUGCCAUAUUUGUUUGUUUUUUAGUCAUCAUUCUACGUACUUCUUGGUUCAAAAAUUACGCAAGAUUUAAGGGAAGCUAAAAUGGACGCUACCAAUUUUAUGAUAAGGGGAAGUAUCAAUCAUGACUCAAAUGGCAAGCACAGAAAAUAUCAUGGAAUUUGUGUGUCUGCUCAUUGGCUAGAGACUUCUCCCCGGUUGUAAAAGAAUGACGUAAGACUUUAGGAAUUGACAUAAAGGACCCUACCAAUUUACGUAUUCAUGCUAGUAAAAUGCUUCUAAUGUGAUUUAGAGGGCAGAAAGGCAAAUCCAUUUCCUUCACAAAAGUGAAAACCAUGUGAUGUCAAAUUUGUGUUGAUUCCUUAGUUAUUAGCAGUCCACAUCCUGGUUUAAGAAGGCUCAGAGAAGACUUUAGGUUAACCCAAAACAAUCUGUUACAAGGAAGAAGUCGAUAUUGACUCAAAUGGCAAAAGGAGAAAUGAUAUAGAGUGUUGAAUUUGUGUGUGCAUGUGUGUGUGUGUGUGUCGUUCUGUUUGUGAGCUUGCAGGCCACUUCCCUGUAGGAGAGGACUUUAGAUAGAGAGAAGAAGGGCUCAAGCGUGAUACAACUCUAUCCAUUCUAAAGCGAUGGGAACUUUGCUUUCGUGAUUCAAAUGCAAAAAAAAGUAGCAAAUACAUGAAUGAAAACAGGCACCACGGUUGUCGGAAAUGUUUAGGUCGUUGGCAUCACAGUUCUGAGGAUGGGGGUUUAAAUCCCGACCCCGCCUGUGUGGAGUUUGCAUGUUCUCCCCGUGCCUGCUCGGGUUUUCUCCAGGCCCUCCGGUUUCCGACAUCCCAAAAACAUGCAUUCAUUGGAGACUCUAAAUUGCCCCUAGAUAUGAUUGGGAGUGCGAAUGGUUGUUUGUUCCUAUGUGCCCUAUGAUUGGCAGGCAACCAGUUCAGGGUGCACCCUGCCUCCUGCCCGAAGAUAGCUGGUAUAUUGAUUGCUAAGCAAAAUGGAAGACGAAUAAAUGAAUGAAUAAAUGAAAACAUUGUGGAAGUUUGUUUUCAAGAAGUCUACUUCUUGCUUCAAGGAGAAUAAAAUGGGCUAGAGCAAAAACGGGAAGUGUGUUGAUUUAUAUUCUAGGGAAUGUUUGCUCUCGUGUCUCAAAAAGCAAAAUGAAUAAAAGAAAACAUCUGUAACCAAGCAACCAGGAAAGAGAAAAUUAGUGAAUAAGUAACGAUGGUUACAAAUUUGACCUCUCACGACUCCAUUAUCACCGAUGUUGCGCUUGCGUCAACUCGCGUUAGUGACAAGGAGACAUGCAGCACAUCCAGACCAAUUAGCAACCAUUUCUUCAUUUAUCCUGAGUCGCUGACGUUCCAUUGCCCAACUGUAUAAAGCACUUGGUGCAUAAAUGGCCUGAGAUAGUCCAGAGUUGAAUUAUGGUAAAAAAACAAACAAACAAAAAAAAAAAAAACGUGACAUUCUCAAUCCUUUGACACUGACAUCUAAAAAAUGCCCAAUUCAUAUGUGAUAUUUAGCAGAAGGGUUUGCGCCACUGACAUUGGUAGAUUAGAGCCGUGUUAGAGGGCAUGAUCAAUGUGAACCGACUGUACUUUUUCAAUUGACACCUCUUCUUGAAAACAAAUUGCUAUACUGUUGAAGAUUCACACAUAUCCGCUGUUGUAGUCGCUGAUAAGCGGAAUGGCCGUUCAGUCUUCAAACUGAGUUGAAGUGGAACAGGCCUGCUUUGUUCUCUUUUUUCUAUGCAUAAAAGGGUGUACAAAUAAUUAAUUCUCCGCUUGGCUUUGCUUGCUUUACAAAACUUGCGUAAUGUGCACUGAAUGAUGUAAUCAUGAAUGAAUAGGCUUUAAGACACAGCAAAUGUUUGCAACGACGUGUUUUGUUUUUCCAUCCUCUUGCUUUGCCAUGUGCCAUUAUUACCAACAGAUGUAAUGUGUGCUGUCUGACUGAUUUAAAGUCUUUUAUUUAAUUCCUUUCUGUUCAUAUUGUUUCAAUAAAAUAAAAUAAAAAUCAUAAAAACA